AUGGAUGGCGAGAUGUUGUCUUCGGAGGCGCGAGAGGCGUGCCGGCGGCCGCGGCCGGUGGGCGGCUCGCAGACCACCGCUAUUCAAAUGCAAACGAACACAACAAUGGUAGGAGUUAGGACGCGUGAAGGACGUCGUAUAUCUAAUGGGACCGAUCCGGCGCACACGCGCUCGCUCCACAUGAAUAAUCAAUUAUUUAAAUGA